UUAGUUUUUGAUUGUAGAAUAAAUCGGUGGUGAUUCAUGCAUUUGUAUAAACAAAUAAGAAGCAAGAGUGCAAAGUUAAAGUUAAUGCAAUCCAAAUCCCAAUCCCAGAUAAACGUAGCAUGGCAUUGUCAUGGCCUAUCUUGACUCUUUGAUACAAAAAUGCAACUCUCUCAGUCUCACACACAUCAAACAACUCCAAGCCCAUUUCAUAACCAGUGGCCAUUUCCAAUUCUGCACUUCCCACCGCACCAAACUCCUCGAGCUCUGCUCUAUCUCACCCGCCGGUGACCUAUCUCACGCCACCCGCAUAUUCCACCAAAUCCAAAACCCAUCAACCAAUGACUGGAACGCCGUCGUUCGAGGCCUCGCCUCUGGUCCUGAACCCUCCAAAGCCAUCUCAUGGUACCGAACCAUGUCUCGCUAUUCUUACAGAGUUGACGCUCUCACUUGUUCCUUUACACUCAAGGCUUGUGCACGUGCGCUAGCUCGUUCUGAGGCUAUUCAGAUUCAUUCUCAAGUUUUGAGAUUUGGGUUUGAUGCUGAUGUUCUUUUGCAGACUACUUUGUUGGAUGUGUAUGCAAAAGUUGGCGAUUUGGAUAGUGCGGAGAAGAUGUUUGAUGAAAUGUCUGUGAGAGAUAUUGCGUCAUGGAAUGCUUUGGUUUCUGGGUUGGCUCAAGGAAGCCGACCCAGUGAAGCUAUAGCGUUGUUUAAGAGAAUGGGGGUGGAGGGUUGGAAGCCUAAUGAAGUCACUGUUCUUGGAGCUCUCUCGGCUUGUUCGCAAUUGGGUGCUUUGAAAGAAGGCGAAAAGAUUCACGGUUAUAUCAUGGAACAGAAGCUGGAUAUGAAUGUUCAAGUUUGUAAUGCAGUUAUUGAUAUGUAUGGAAAAUGCGGGUUUGCUGAUAAAGCAUAUAGGGUGUUUGAGAAUAUGGGUGGUAGGAAGAGUCUUGUUACUUGGAACACCAUGAUUAUGGCGUUUGGUAUGCAUGGUGAUGGAGCUAAGGCACUUGAGCUUUUUGAGCAAAUGGGUAUAACUGGAGUACACCGGGAUGCAGUAUCAUAUCUUGCUGCUCUGUGUGCGUGCAACCAUGCGGGUUUAGUGGAAGAUGGGGUGAGGUUGUUUGAUUCAAUGGUGGGGUCCGGGGUAAGACCUAAUGUUAAGCAUUAUGGCAGUGUGGUUGAUUUGUUGGGUCGAGCUGGGAGGCUCAAAGAGGCCUAUGAUAUUAUAAACUAUAUGCCUAUGUUUCCUGAUGUGGUUCUUUGGCAGAGUUUGCUUGGUGCCUGCAAGACUUAUGGCAAUGUGGAAAUGGCUGAAUUUGCAUCAAGGAAGCUACUGGAGAUGGGGUCUAAGAGUUGUGGAGAUUUUGUGUUGUUGUCAAAUGUUUAUGCAGCUCGUGAGAGAUGGAAUGAUGUGGGUAGGGUGAGGGAAGCCAUGAAGAGUAGAGAUGUGAAGAAGAUACCAGGAUUUAGCUACAUUGAAGUGGAUGGUGUCAUACAUAAAUUUAUAAAUGGUGACCAGAGCCACGCAAAUUGGUGUGAGAUUUAUGCGAAGCUAGAUGAGAUAAAGUUCCAGGUUAAAGCCUAUGGGUAUGUGGCUGAGACUAACUUUGUGUUGCAUGAUAUAGGACAGGAGGAGAAGGAGAAUGCAUUGUGUUAUCACAGUGAGAAGUUGGCUGUGGCUUUUGGUUUGAUUAGCACAAGUGAGGGUACCCCAAUUCAAGUAAUUAAGAACCUUCGGAUAUGUGGGGACUGUCAUGCUGUGAUCAAAAUUAUAUCGAAGAUUUAUGAUAGGGAAAUCAUUGUGCGAGAUCGAGCUCGAUUUCACAGAUUUAAAGAAGGUUUGUGUUCUUGCAGAGACUAUUGGUGACCUUGAUCUAUUCAGAAAUUGAACCAAUGAUUUGCUAGGGCGCAAGGGUGGCAUUUCAUCAAUUUAAAUCAGUGAAAAAUUGGUGAUGAAGGUUCUGUAAACCGAUUUUCUGAUACAAAAGUUGAGCAUUUUACUUAAACCAGCAGCUGGCAGACACAAAAUCUUAUCUCAUAAACUGAUGUUAUAAUUUUUGACAAUGAACAUAGUUCAAGAGAGGUUAGGGUCGAAGGUAUCAUCUGCAUGCAGGAGGGAGGUUGGGCUGCUAUACAUGUUUGGAAAAACUCUAUCUGAAAUGGACUUCAGUGUGUAGACUUGCAAACAGUCUGCUACGGCAUGGUUGAGAAUAUGGCUGCUAUUUGGCAAAUUAGCUUUAGCUGAACUUGCACCUCCUCCCUUAUAAGCUCUAAGUGCAGGAUAAGAAUGUGGGUUCAAGACCCAUUGAAUGCAUGUGUAACUUACCAAUUAAAGAAAUGAUAAAAUUUAGUUACAA